AUGAUCGCAGGGAAAAUUUCAAAUGCAGAUGCUCCCAAAAAGGCCUAUUUGAUGAUUGACAACCGCAUCCUAGACCCAGGCAAUCCAUUUAUUCCCGUUAAAGAGAACUCCGACCUUACCGUCUCAUGCGUCGUAGACGAAGGUAAUCCAAAACCUCAAUUAUACUGGGAAAUCGCCCUAGGUUCGUCGGCCUUACUGGAUAUCCCAGAAUUACCCCUUGAAGUGCUCAAUUUAACAGAGACAAUACGAGACCAAAAAGUGGGUGCCAGAACUGAUGCCAGACUUGGAAGAGUCCUACGAGGACACCAUAAUGCCACUUUAACUUGUUAUGUACGACAUAUUGCAUUGGACAAACCGCUUAAUGCUUCAGUCCUCUUAAAUGUUCAAUGCACGUGCACUAGAAGUUGUUAUUGUUAG